UGUCCCUCCCAAAGGAAAAACCCACUGCACCUCCACUUGGUGACCGAUGCCGUGGCCAGGAACAUUCUGGAGACGCUCUUUCACACAUGGAUGGUGCCCGCUGUCCGUGUCAGCUUCUAUGACGCCAAUGAGCUCAAGGCAGGAGCCCUGGCCCUUCUCCUCCUCCCCAGCCUUCCCCUCUCCCCUUCCUCCCAGGGCCUGGGGGGAGGAGAAGAGAGGUUAGAGCUGCCUGGAACAGUUCGGUCACACCUACCCAAGCUCAAAUCCCUCACCCCUCCCGGCGCUCACGCCUUCUUUUCCUUGUGUCACACUGAGUAUGUUCUGAUGCUCAUGGGCUCUUCUCUGCCAGGCUCAUGCCCUGCCCUUCCCACCCACAGCCCCAGGUCUCCUGGAUCCCCAACAAGCAUUACUCUGGCCUCUACGGGCUAAUGAAGCUAGUGCUGCCCGGUGCCCUGCCUCCUGACCUGGCCCGGGUUAUUGUCCUGGACACAGAUGUCACCUUCGCCUCCGACAUUGCAGAGCUCUGGGCACUCUUCGCUCACUUUUCUGCCCCCGGAUCACUGAAUGUGAGAGGAUGGUUGUGGACAUGCUCUGGAAGCUGUGCAGUGACUCUCCUUCACCCCCAAGAGGAUUGAGUGUUUAUAGAGGUUGUCCUUGCUCCUGUCUGACAGAAAAUACCAGCAAGUCAAAACAUAAACAUUCCAAAGAGUCUGUCAUGCCCCUGGCUCUGGGAGCCGGGUCGUCCCAGGUGGGGGUGACUUCUUCUCCCUGUGGGCAGGUGUGAUUCUCCUGUGGCUGGACCGGCUGCGGCAGGCUGGCUGGGAGCAGAUGUGGAAGCUGACCGCUACACAGGAGCUCCUCACCCUGCCCGCCACCUCGUUGGCCGACCAGGACAUCUUCAAUGCUGUAAUCAAGGGGCACCCGGCACUGGUGCAGCCCCUGCCCUGUGUCUGGAAUGUGCAGCUGUCUGACCACACGCUGGCUGAGCGCUGUUACUUGGAGGCGGCUGACAUCAAGGCGAUCCACUGGAACUCCCCGAAGAAGCUGCGUGUGAAGAACAAGCAUGUGGAAUUCUUCCGCAACCUCUACCUGACCUUCCUGGAGUACGAUGGGAACCUGCUGCGGAGAGAGCUCUUUGGGUGCCCCAGCCCGCGCCCGCCUGAGGCCGAGCAGCUGCAGCAGGCCCUGGCACAACUCAACGAGGAAGAUGCCUGCUUUGAGUUCCGGCAGCAGCAGCUCACUGUGCACCGUGUGCACAUCACGUUCUUGCCCCAUGAGCCACCGCCUCCCCGGCCCCACGAUGUCACCCUUGUGGCUCAGCUCUCCAUGGACCGGCUGCAGAUGCUGGAGGCUCUGUGCAGGCACUGGCCGGGCCCCAUGAGCCUGGCCUUGUAUCUGACAGACGCAGAAGCCCAGCAGUUCCUGCGUUUCGUCGCGGCCUCGGAGGUGCUCUCUGCCCGGCAGGAUGUGGCCUACCACGUGGUGUACCGUGAGGGUCCCCUCUACCCCAUCAACCAGAUUCGCAACGUGGCCUUGGCCCAGGCCCUCACGCCUUAUGUUUUCCUCAGCGACAUUGACUUCCUGCCUGCCUACUCCCUCUACGACUACCUCAGGGCCUCCAUUGAGCAGCUGGAGCUGGGCAGCAGGCGGAAGGCAGCCCUGGUGGUGCCAGCAUUCGAGACCCUGCACUACCAGUUCAGCUUCCCCACUUCCAAGGCUGAACUGCUGGCCUUGCUAGACUCUGGCUCUGUCUACACCUUCAGGUACCACGAGUGGCCCCGGGGUCACGCGCCCACAGACUAUGCCCGCUGGCGGGAGGCUCAGGCCCCAUACCGUGUGCAAUGGGCUGUGGACUAUGAGCCCUAUGUGGUGGUACCCCGUGACUGUCCCCGCUAUGACCCCCGCUUUGUGGGCUUUGGUUGGAACAAGGUGGCCCACAUCAUGGAGCUGGAUGCACAGGAAUACGAGUUCCUGGUGCUGCCAGAGGCCUUCACCAUCCACCUGCCACACACCCCAAGUCUCGACAUCUCCCGCUUCCGCUCCAGCACCACCUAUCGAGACUGCCUGCAGGCCCUUAAGGAUGAGUUCCUCCAGGACUUGUCCCGCCACUAUGGGGCUGCUGCCCUCAAAUACCUCACUGCCCUGCAGCAGCCUGAGGCUCCCUGACCUCCCAAGGCUGGGCCUGUGUGGCUCUCCGCUGCCCCUGGCCUUGGCUCUCACUCACUCCGUUAUUUAAAUUAUUUAAGGUCUGUGGGAAGGGCCGCAGUGGAGCAUCUGGGGUGGGGCCUGGGGCCUCCCUUUGCUGCUCGGUUGCUGGGGUCUAUUCUCCCUCUGCCCCAGCUGGUUUGGGGCUGGUUCCCCCCUCCUCAACUGUACACCUCUUUUUCAUAAUUAAUGUUUUAAAAGCUC